GGAAUCGCGGCUCUCCGGCAGCCCGGCGUCCGGGACGGCGGGAAGCCCCCCCGAAGGAGGGGACGAGGGUUUGGGGGGCGGAAACGGCCUCGGCUCCGGGUCUCGGUCCGGGGACGUUCGGCCUCGAACGCCGUAAGCCGAGCUGAGCGCUCGGAGCCCUUUUGCGCCCCGAAAGCAGCGGCCGCGGGCGUCGCUCGGCCUCCGGCGUUCGACCUCCCUCCGGCUCUGCUCCGCUGCCGUAUUCAGGACAGGGCCGGCGCCGAACGGGAUUUAAUAGCCGGGCGUCCUUGCCGAAAUCCUUUUGGGAGAAGGAGGCUCCGACGGGAGCCGAGCUGCGGGCGAAAAGCUCCUUCCGUCGCGCGCCGGGCGACGGCUCGGAGCGGUUUCGCUCGCGGUCGGAGCUCUUUCCCGACAGACACGGGGAAGAGCGUCCGGGGUGGCGACGCCUCGACCCCCGGCUCCGCGUCGCUGGCUUCCGACAGGAUUUUUUUUGGGAGCCCUCGGGAACUGGUUGCGAAUAGGGAAGGGGGGGAAAAAGCAGCUGUAGUCGGACAGCGCCGGUGGUUUCGGGGCGGCGUUUUCCCGUCCGGCUCCGUCCUGCCCGACGGAGCAGGAUAAAAACCGCCCGAGCGUUCGGAGGAGCCUCCCUCGGCUCCGCCAGCCGCCGACCCGCUCCGCUCUCCGGCCCCGGGAGCCGGCGGCUCGGCGAGGCGCAUCGGGAGAUUUCGCGAGGCUCGGCCGAGGGGAUUUGCCGGAUUAAAGCCGGCCGAGACCGCGGCGGAGCCGGGCGCGUUAACGCCGGCCGUUUCAGAGCCCCGACCUUGCGCCGCGUCGCUGGGAAGCCUUUUCCGCCGGGCUGCGUUGAGUGGGGAGCCGCCGCGCCGCCUUCCUCGCGCAGCUCGCCGGGGCCGGGGGCGGGGGCGGAGAUGUUCCGCACGGCGGUGAUGAUGGCCUCGAGCCUGGCGCUGACGACGGCCGUCGUGGCCCACGCCUACUAUCUGAAGCACCAGUUCUACCCCACCGUGGUUUAUCUCACCAAAUCCAGCCCCAGCAUGGCCGUUCUCUACAUCCAGGCUUUCGUGCUGGUUUUUCUUCUGGGCAAAUUUAUGGGCAAGGUGUUUUUCGGGCAGCUGCGAGCGGCCGAAAUGGAGCACCUGCUCGAGCGGUCGUGGUACGCCGUCACCGAGACCUGCCUGGCUUUCACCGUCUUCAGGGACGACUUCAGCCCCCGCUUCGUGGCCCUCUUCACCCUCCUCCUCUUCCUCAAGUGUUUCCACUGGCUGGCCGAGGACCGGGUGGACUUUAUGGAGCGGAGCCCGAACAUCUCCUGGCUCUUCCACUUCCGCAUCGUCUCGCUCAUGUUCCUCCUGGGCGUUCUGGAUUUCCUCUUCGUCAGCCACGCUUACCACAGCAUCCUCACGCGCGGAGCCUCGGUCCAGCUCGUGUUCGGCUUCGAGUACGCCAUCCUCCUGACCAUGGUGCUGACCGUCUUCAUCAAGUACGUGCUGCACUCCGUCGACCUGCAGAACGAGAACCCCUGGGACAGCAAAGCCGUCUACAUGCUCUACACGGAGCUCUUCACGGGCUUCAUCAAAGUCCUGCUCUACAUGGCCUUCAUGACCAUCAUGAUCAAAGUUCACACCUUCCCGCUCUUCGCCAUCCGCCCCAUGUACCUGGCGAUGAGGCAGUUUAAGAAAGCGGUGACGGACGCUAUCAUGUCGCGCCGGGCCAUUCGCAACAUGAACACGCUCUACCCCGACGCCACCGCGGAGGAGCUGCAGGCCGUGGACAACGUCUGCAUCAUCUGCCGCGAGGAGAUGGUGACGGGCGCCAAGCGUUUGCCCUGCAACCACAUUUUCCACACCAGCUGCCUGCGGUCGUGGUUCCAGCGCCAGCAGACGUGUCCCACCUGCCGCAUGGACGUGCUACGCGCUUCCCUCCCGGCGCAGCCGCCGGCGCCGCCCGAGCAGCCCGAACCGGCCCAGCAGCCGCCGCCGCAGACCCCGCAGGUUCCCCAGCCGCCCAACUUUCCCCAAGGAAUCCUACCCCCUUUUCCUCCGGGGAUGUUUCCCUUCUGGCCGCCGGUUGGUCCCUUCCCUCCGGUCCCCGGGGUGCAGCCGGCCAACGGCGCCGAAAACGCCGGAGCCGCCUCGAGCGCGGCUUCAGCCGGCGCCGCGAGGGCCGGGGACGCCGCGGCGACGUCGGAAGCCGCUCCGGCGGGAACGGUGCCCGGGCUUCCCUUCCCGCCGCCCUGGAUGGGAAUGCCGUGGCCGCCGCUGUUCGGUUUUCCUCCCAUGCCGGUGCCGCCGGCCGGCUUCGCGGGGCUCACGGAGGAGGAGCUGCGGGCCAUGGAGGGCCACGACCGGCAGAACCUGGAAGCCAGGCUGCAGUGUCUGCAGAACAUCCACACGCUCCUGGACGCCGCCAUGCUGCAGAUCAACCAGUACCUGACGGUCCUGGCGACCAUCGGGUCUCCUCGCCCCGCUCCGCCCCAACCCCCCGCCGCCGCCUCCUCCUCCUCGAGCCGGGACGCCCCGGCCGCGGAGCCGGCCCCGCUCCGCGCGCCGGACGCCGCCUCGGCGCCUGCUGCCGCCGCCGCCCCAGAGCCCGACUCGACGGCUUCCAACGAUGCGGCCGGGCUGGCGGGCGCCGAGGGCUUCGCGCCUCUCGCCGGCCCGGAGGAAGAAGGAGAAGAAUCGUCUCUGCUCGGGGAGCCCGACGCCGCCGAGCUCCGGAGACGCCGGCUCCAGAAACUGGAAUCGCCCCCUUCCUCUUCGCACUGACGCCCUUCCUCCGCGGCUCGUCUCCGUGACCGGUUUUUUGGGGCUUUGAUGUUUCUAUUUUUUUUUUUUCCUCUCCUUGCUGCUCUUCUUCCUCCCUCUUCCCCCUCGCCGAAGACGAAGGCGCGGGGACAGCGGCGGAGCCGGUCCCGUUGUCCCUCCGCGUUAGGGGCCCUCGCGUGCGGAGAAGCGGACUCGUCUCGAAGGCCGAGGAGCCGGAUUCAGCCUCUUCUUUUUUUUUUUUCCCUUUUUCCUGCCUUUUUCUGCCCCGUUUCCGACUGAAAACCCCAAGAAAACCACAGCCUGGAAGCAAACCCGUUCCCGCCUUCCUGUCUGCGACUCUGGCCUCGUCCACCGCCCGCCGGCUCCUCUUCCGGAGCCGCCAGCUCCUCGUCGGAGGACGCGUCCGUCAUCCGCGGCCGCCUUUUCCUCUCCGGCGGGCGGCAGCUUCUUUCCCGCCCGUUCUUUUCCCGCUUGGAUCCCGUUUUCUCUCUACCUCUGUGGAGUCCCCGGGCUCUGCCCUCCGCGACGGCAGCCGGGAAGACGUUCCGAAGAGCUGCCUCCGCGCCGGGCGGCCGGUUCGGAGGCCGGAGGAGUCGAUAAAAGCGAGGGAGAGGCUUGAAAAUUGCUCGGAAGCUCCCGGUUUUCACCCGAGUUCUUCUCCGAGCGCUUUGGGACGGGCUGAGGACGAAUCCCCACGUCUCCGGGAGCAGAAACGCGGCCGGAGCUUCUCCGCCCUCGGCCGCGACGUCCCCGUAAGGCGCCGGCGGCUCCGGUUCCCGCUCGGGGCUCGUUCCCGUUCGCUCUCUUCCCGCUUCGUUUUAGCAGCGUUUCGGGAAGGCGGGAGGCGAAAAGCCGCUUCGGCUCCGGCCUGGCGAGCUCCGGCGGGGGGUUUUCCUUCGCCUCCGCUCCGUGUUGCUCGCUUUAACGCCCUCCCUUUUCCGGAAGGGCUCGUUCCGGGCGGACGCUCUCUUGCCGAUCGACAGUAUUAGCGGAUCUCUCCUAGGAACGGCCUCGGCUGCGGGGAGCCGCGCCGGGGAGCCGCUCCGGCGCGUCCCGAGGCGGGGAGAGGCUUCGGCGUCCCGCACGGAGAUUUUAAUAAACUCUCCGAUUCUCGGGUUUGAUCCUCUCCCUUUAUCCCUCUGCGCGAUUCCCGAGGGAGCAGCCGGGCUCGCGCCGCCUCCCUGCCGGCCUCGGGGAGCCGUUCGGACGUCCCGCGGCUGACGGCGCCGCGAGGCGGCUUUGAGUCUCUUUUCCUGUUAACUCUCGGCUCCCCGACUGCCUAAUUCCCGCCCGAGGCAGGGCCGGGGAGCGGCCCGGAGCCGCGGCGGCGUAGCGGGACGGAGCGCCGGCACGGAGCGCCGGCCUCCGCGCGACCCCCCCGCCCCGGGGACCCUCGGACCCUCCGCGCCGCCUUCCCCCUUCCCUUCCAGGGACGUUAUCACUCUUCAGUGCCUCUCUUUUAACCGAAGCGGCUUCUAAUAGCAAAAUAUCUCAGGGAAAACAGUCGGAGACAGCGCGGGAAGCUCGGGGGACCUCUUCCCCCUGCCCUUUCCCGGAUUCCCGGGCGGCGAGCCCGAAGCGGGAUAAUUUGGCUUUGCCCCCCCCCCCCCGCGUCCGUAACCGUGCCGGAGGCUCCAGGGCGCGGCGAAGCGCCGGGCCGGGGAGGAGGGGAACGGAGAGCGUUUCGCCGGCACCUUUUCGCCAUCCUUUUCCUACCGUUCUCGCCAGGUCUCCCGGAGCGGCGUCCUCUUCUCCGGGUUAAUUUUGGGGGGGUGGUGGUGGUGGGGGGGGGGGGGGGGGAGGAGCUCGUUACCGAAAAAUAGCGUGUUCUGAGCAACUCGGCAAUAACAAAAGCGGUGGUUUCUGGGGAACUCGAGCGUCGAGGAGGCGCCCGGGGUCUCCCGCUUCCCGGGCUCGGGGCGGAGUCGAUCCGAGCGCCUGCCGCGGAGCGCCCCGCCUGGGGCUGGGUUUUGAUUUUGGUUUUUUUUUUUUUGUUUGUUUGUUUUUAAAUCUUUUUGAGUGGAAAAGCAGGAGAACGUUCAGAUGGUUCCGUUUGACGUUGGGCUUUGGGAGAAACGGAGGCCGCGGGGGCGCGUCCCCGGCUUCCUUGGGCUUUUCCUUCCUUUAGGAGUUGAUUUAAUCCGGGGGCAGGGGAGGGAGGAAAGCGAAGAAGCAACUCGCUAAGGACGAGUCUGGCCCGGCCCUGCCUCCGCCGCUUCCUUUACAUUUCUCUCCUUCCCUUCUCCCCCGUUUUCUUUGCGCGCGGCAGAGUUCACGUUGGAGGGGUUGGGUAAUUAUUUAAUUUGUAAAUAAUGUACAAAUUUUUAAUAGCUUAAUUGUAUAUACAGCGAAAUAAAGAUUGCAUUAAA